AUGUCCCACGGAAAGCGUUACUCGAUAUCUAAGAGAUACUCUUGGAGUAUCCCUGCCAGUCUUCCUGCUCCGACUUCGAAUGACUCCAACAGCCUGCUUGCGACCAGUGGUCGCAUUGCCUGGCUUGCCAAUCUUGACACAACCCGUACCCCAGCCAAGAACUAUCGCAGGACAUCUAUUAUCUGCACUAUUGGUCCCAAGACCAACUCUGUUGAGUCUAUCAACAGGCUUCGUCAGGCCGGUCUUAACAUUGUCCGAAUGAACUUUUCCCACGGCACCUAUGAAUACCACCAGUCCGUCAUUGACAACACCCGAGCUGCCGAGGAGGCCCAGGCCGGCCGUCAGGUCGCCAUUGCUCUCGACACCAAGGGCCCUGAGAUCCGAACCGGUAACACGAAGGACGAUAUUGAUAUCCCCAUCGCCGCCGGCACCAUCUUGAACAUCACCACCGACGAGCAGUACGCCAAGUGCUGUGACUCCGAGAACAUGUAUGUUGACUAUGAAAACAUCACCAAGGUCAUUGCCCCUGGUCGAGUUGUGUAUGUCGACGACGGUGUCCUCGCGUUCGAUGUCCUGAGCAUCAAAGACGACAAGACCAUUGAGGUUCGCGCCCGCAACAAUGGCUUCAUCUCCUCCAAGAAGGGUGUCAACCUGCCCAAUACCGAUAUCGAUCUGCCCGCUCUCUCCGAGAAGGACAAGAACGAUCUGCGCUUCGGCGUCAUGAAUGGAGUUGAUAUGAUCUUUGCUAGCUUUAUUCGUAGGGGACAGGACAUCCGCGACAUCCGUGACGUUCUCGGCGAGGACGGUGCCCACAUCAAGAUCAUUGCCAAGAUCGAGAAUCGCCAGGGCUUGAACAACUUUGCCGACAUUCUCAAGGAGACUGACGGCGUCAUGGUUGCCCGAGGUGACAUGGGUAUUGAGAUUCCCGCCGCCGAAGUUUUUAACGCUCAGAAGAAGAUCAUUGCCAUGUGCAACAUCGCUGGAAAGCCCGUCAUCUGCGCUACCCAGAUGCUUGAGAGCAUGAUCAAGAACCCCAGACCCACUCGUGCCGAGAUCAGCGAUGUUGGUAACGCUGUCACCGACGGAGCCGACUGUGUGAUGCUCAGCGGUGAGACGGCCAAGGGAGCCUACCCCGAGCUUGCUGUUCGCGAGAUGAGCGAGGCUUGUCUGCGCGCCGAGGCAUCGAUCCCCUACAUUAGCUUGUACGAGGAGAUGGUGUCCCUCCCUCACGAUGGCCCCAUUUCCAUCACCGAGUCGGUCUCUAUGGCCGCCGUCCGCGCGUCGCUCGACCUCGGUGCUGGUGCCAUCGUCGUCCUUUCGACCUCUGGAAACUCGGCCCGUCUCUUGGCCAAGUACAGGCCUGUCUGCCCCAUCAUCAUGAUCACGCGUAACGCUCACACUUCCCGAUGCGGUCACUUGAACCGUGGCGUGUACCCCUUCUUCUUCCCCGAGGAGAAGCCCGACUUUGACAAGGUCAACUGGCAGGAGGAUGUUGAUCGUCGCAUCAAGUGGGGCGUCUCUCGGGCCAUUGAGCUUGACGUCUUGUCUCGCGGAGAGACUAUUGUCAUUAUGCAAGGUUGGCGUGGAGGUAUGGGCUACACGAACACCAUGCGUAUCGUCAAGGCCGAUCCCGAGCACCUUGGCAUCGGCGAUCACCCGUGA